CCCAAGUGUAGGCUACCAACCUGUUUCAGAAGUGCAUUUGUUAUAUGCUCGUAUUUCCAUAUACUAACUAAGUUACAAUAACCUCAAAACCUUAUCAGUCUUAGUCUUCAAAGUCCAGCGGACGGAUAGAGAUAAAGUUGAUUAAAUAGGCAGAUAACAAUUUUCUUAGUCUAUGAUAUUUCGUACCAAUAAUGCAAUAUUGGCGCAUAUUUGAAUUUUUAUUUCGUCAUGAAAGGCAGCUUAUCUGACAAUUAGGAAUAAUCCAGAAAAUGUUGGUUUAGCCAAUAGGUACCUAUAUGUGAUGAAGAUGGUGCUACAGAAAAAGGUUCUAUCCAUGCACCACAGCAUCAAGAGAUUUUUAUGCAAAAGAUGCUGGAGUGUACUUCUUCCCGGACUCACUGCCACGAUCAGGACCAAGCGACGAAGAGAGAAACACAUCGUGCUAACCUGCCUACAGUGUAAAGCAGUGAGGCGCUUUAUGACAAAGCAGGGAUAUGAACUAUGGUGCGACAGCGCUCAGUCGAAGCUGCCCUCUACCAGUGUUGAAGAUCAGCAUCCUUUGGAAGCACGUAGCAACAGUAAUCCUUUGAGACAGGCAGGAGGAGAGAACAAAAAAGAUCAUAGUAAGGUGGAUGCAAGUCAGGUUAACACGUUGGACGUGGAUGUGAAACUCACCUUGAAUGAUAUCUGCAGCAAAGUAGAUGAAAGAUUAGGAGAUGAUGUACAUGUCAUUACAAGUAGAUUUGAUGAGCAAGAUAAAACUGCCAUUAGGAAAUAAAUUCACUUUCGUACAUUUCGGUUUGGAAGGAAGACAUAAUUAUAGUCGAUUAUAGAAUUAGAUAAUUUUCAUAUAUUAAAUUAAAUAAUUAGCAAUGUCAAAUCCUUUGUUUUUUAACUGUGAUACUUCAUAAGUUUAAGUCGACCUGCAUUGUGAAACAUGUACAAAUGUAUGUAAUAAAUUAUUUUGCAUUGUAGUAAACGUAAA